UUGUACGAAACAGUCCUAAAUUUCCCGAGUCUCGUCAACCGCUGGUUUUUUCGUUCUGUUUGUGUUGAAUUAAUUAAUUAUUUCGGUUGGAUUAAUUUAUUAGUGAAAUCAAAGCUAAUGGCCACCUCUGAGUGAAAUUAUGUAACUAUUUGAGUGUUUGUCUUAACAAACCGAAGGUGUAGUCCCGAUUUGGUGGAGAUGGCGAGGAUUUGAGUGGGUUUUUGGGAGACAUUUGAGGAAACAAUUGAGAGAGAUUAAUCAGAAUGAACGUCAAUGUUGCAGGAUCGAGCUCAAAGGGAAUAGUUGUCGAGGAUGAGCUGAAGAGACGGGGGUCCUUCAGAAAAAUAUUGCCAGGUGGAUCUGGUGGAGAUUCACAGCUCAAUACCUCUAUGAAAAUGAUCGACCGUCCUGAUGUGGCUGGAGGCACUAGUGAAUACGUGGUUUAUCUGCAAGAGUACAGUAUUUUAUCGGAAUAUAACGUCCUCCAGAAUCAGGAUCUGCGGGGGAUUUACGUGAUUCCAUCAGCAGAGAAUUCUUUCUUGUGGUUUGGAGUGUUAUUCAUACGUCAAGGAUUCUAUCAGGGUGGAGUCUUCAGAUUUACAAUGACUCUGCCUGAGAAUUUCCCGGACGGUGGAUGUCCCAAAGUUGCCUUUCAAUCAAACGUCUUCCAUCCACUCGUUUAUCCAGAGACAAACGAGCUCAACACAUCAGCAGGUUUUCCAGAAUGGAAAAAAAACAACAGGAUAUAUCAAUUAGUGCAAUUUAUCGUUAAAGUGUUCACUAAAGUUGAUGGCAAACUGCCGUCAACAAAUUUAGAAGCAUCCACGCUAUUAAAUAACAAUGUAGAAGAAUUUCGUUCUCGCGCGAGAAAAUGCGUGCGAGAGAGCCUAGACCACGUAUACGAUCCUCCAGAGACUGAGGACACUCACUACAUAAAGUUCACCUCUUGGGAUCCCGAGAUACAUGAGCCAAUUAGACAAAAAAUUUACGAACCAAAGAGACAAGAACCGGAGAGAACGCCCACCGGAUUUUCCUGGGUCCAGCCUGGUUCCCUCCAACCACUAUCGAAGCUCGAAGAGCCGAGAUAACGGUUGUAGCCCGUGGGUAGGUCACAAUGUUGAAAAAAAUACUCUAAAUUACACACUGCUUGCCUUCGUACACUUAAACAAAGGAACGGAUAAUAAAUAUUUUUAUAAAAACUUACAAACUCAAUAAAGAUAAUUGGAUUACUGCAAAAUA